AUGGACGUCGUCGCGGCGGUUUCGGGGUACAUCUCCAAGAUGGUCACCGCGGGGGAUCCCUCCUCGUCGGGUACAGCAUCGUCGACCAAGAUGAAGAUCUUGCUUCUGGACAGUGAGACAGUACCGAUUGUAUCGACAGCCAUCACCCAAUCUGCCCUCCUAAACCAUGACGUGUACUUAAUCGAUCGCCUGGACAACGCAGCGCGAGAGCGAAUGCGACAUUUACGAUGUCUCUGCUUUGUACGGCCCUCUCCGACCUCCAUCCAAUUCCUCAUCGAUGAACUGCGCGAGCCAAAGUACGGCGAAUACUACAUCUACCUUAGUAACAUCAUCCGCAAAUCCUCGCUGGAACGACUGGCGGAAGCAGACAGCCACGAGGUUGUUCGCGUUGUUCAAGAGCAUUUCGCCGAUUUCCUCGUCAUUAAUCCGGACCUGUGUUCUCUCAACCUAGGUUUCCCGCAGCAGCGACUAUGGAGCCACUCGCCAGAUCUGUGGAAUGCGGAUGCACUGCAACGAGCCACAGAGGGGGUGAUUGCUAUGCUGUUAUCUCUCAAGAAGAAUCCGCUGAUUCGCUUCGAGAAAAACAGUCUUCUAGCCAAGAAAUUAGCGACCGAGGUCCGCUAUCAAUUGACCCAAGAAGAACAACUAUUCAACUUUCGCAAGACCGAUACGCCGCCGAUUUUGCUAAUUCUCGACCGUCGGGAUGAUCCUAUCACCCCGUUGCUUACCCAGUGGACGUACCAGGCCAUGGUCCAUGAAUUAAUGGGUAUUCACAACGGGCGGGUGGACUUGCGAGACGUGCCAGAAAUCCGGCCCGAGCUGCGGGAAAUUGUUCUUUCGCAAGAUCAGGACCCGUUUUUCAAGAAGAACAUGUAUCAGAACUUUGGCGAUCUGGGCCAAAACAUCAAAGAGUAUGUCGAACAGUACCAGGUGAAGACCCAGAACACUAUGAACAUCGAGUCGAUUGCGGAUAUGAAGCGCUUUGUGGAGGAUUAUCCUGAAUUCCGCAAGCUCUCGGGCAAUGUGAGCAAGCACGUCACUCUUGUUGGGGAGCUCAGUCGGCGAGUCGGCGAGGAUGAUCUGCUGGAUGCAAGCGAGUUGGAGCAGAGCCUGGCUUGCAAUGAGAACCACGCCAAUGAUCUGAAGAACCUACAAAGGAUUAUACAACUUCCUAACGUACCCGCCGAGAACAAAUUGCGCUUGGUGGCUCUGUACGCCAUCCGAUAUGAGAAACAACCGAACAACGCCCUCCCCAUCCUGCUUGACUUGAUGAUCACGGCGGGCAACGUACCCUCCUACAAGGUGAACAUAAUCCCGAAACUGCUUGCUUAUCAUCACUCCCUACAAGCACCUCCGGUCGCCGGCGGCUUCUCGGAUCUAUUUGAAUCGACUUCUUUCUUUUCCGGGGCUCGGGAUCGUUUUAAGGGACUCAAGGGAGUCGAGAAUGUCUACACGCAACACUCCCCCCGACUGGAGGCGACGCUACAGAAUCUCAUCAAGGGUCGAUUGAAAGAGCUGCAGUAUCCUUUCCUCGAGGGCGGAGGCCACAUCCGCGACAAGCCCCAGGACAUCAUUAUAUUCAUGGUUGGCGGAGCGACGUAUGAGGAGGCCAAGAUGGUAGCCCAGGUCAACGCCAGCUCGCCAGGGGUGCGAGUAGUCCUCGGAGGUACGACCAUCCACAACAGCACGAGUUUCCUGGAGGAAGUCGACGACGCUGUGAGCGGAUGGCCGGAGCCUGGUCCCUCGACGGCCGCUGGACGGCUUCGGAGGGAGGUGGACCGGUAA